GUAAUUUUUAAAUUAAAUGUGCAAAUAUUGUUCGCGUUGUUUAGCCAGUGGGAACGGAUUUUAAGGACUGAUCCGUUUCAUAAACGCCUUCUUCAUAAUUAAACUACUCAAUAACCACGCAAGCACAAUGGUGAAAAGAAGUAGUAUAUCUAAUUUCCUGUAUUCGGUUUCGACUAACAACCUACAUGAGACGAAGAAAAUACUCAAGGCAGGUAUUGAUGUUAAUCACCGCUGUGGCCGCAAGAAAAGGACAGUAUUAUUUGAGGCUGCGGCACGGGAAUUUUCCAGUAUGACACAACUUCUUUUAGAGAAUGGUGCUGACCCAAAUAUCACAGACAAUAAGGGAAAUAAUGUGUUGCAGUGUGCGAUACAAUCAACACCAAAAUCUAUCAAAACAAUAGAACUGCUUCUACGAUCAGGCGCAGAUAUUUUAAAUAAAAACCAAGAGGGACUUAACAGUCUAUAUAUGGUCAUACGCAGCAAGAGCAAAGUCGCGAUACAAAUCAUGAACAGGAUGUUACAGAGUCAUCCAGAAGUAACAUCCAAGGAAAAUUAUUGCUCAAAUAUGAGUCCAUUGACAUACGCAUUUAAUGUGCCACGUAUUCUAGACACUGACAAAGUGAAGAUUUUAAUUCAAAACUCAGGAGACAUUGAAGAUACAGUCAAAAACAAUGAUCCGCCAAAUGCACAAGAUGAGGAAUCUAAAGCAACAACUGACGAAAUCGUACCUUCAUUUGAAAAAAUCAUUAAAAUGGCAAAGAAGACAGGCAGCUACGAAUUGCUUUUACUUUUUCUUCAGCAUAAUUACAUACCAAGUACACCAAAACUAUUAAGUCCAUCUUUUUUUUACUUUUCAACGGACUAUCUUAAGUUGGUGUUUGAUUUGGGCUUUAACCUUUGGACAGAUGUAAAGCUACAGGAAUUUUUCAUCCUACUUACGACGUUUCCGAUUGAUCCUGAACUGAAUGCAGAGGACCCAAACGUCAUCCAUCCUGGCAAAGAACUCUGUGUGAAGGUGAAAGAAAUAUUGGUAAACAAACAGCCGAGAAGUCUCCAAAACUGCAGUCGUGUUGCGAUAAAACGAAGCCUCACUCCUGGGAGACACUGGGAGAAAAUUGACACGUUUGAAAUUCCAGAAAAUCUUCGGGAGUAUUUAAAGUAUAAGGGGUACAACUGUGAUGGCAGUGCUAGGCAAUCAAAGACUUUCCUUGUGCACUUUUUGGAGCAAUUAAAUGAAACUCAAAAGGAAUAUAUCAAUUGGUGAAUUAUCAUGAACAUUUCUACUACGGGCCUGUAGCCAGGAGAGAAUGCUGCCCCUGGUCAAAAAUUCUUUCAAAAUCAUAGUUUUUCACCAUUCAUUGAUUUUGGGCCAAAGUUAUCAAAUGUGAACCAACCAUGGCAGAAGCUGGCUAUAGGCCUGGUACUAGAUAUAGUAGACGCCAUCCUACUUUUAGUUUGCUAGCGGUAUCAUCAUCUCAGUGUGAGCCAGGACUUGUAAAGAUGGCAGUUCACUAAUUUUCUGUUAUUCACACCUGUCCCAUUUGGAUACACUAAAUAAAUCACAUUAAUAUCACA